AUGCCCCGUGUUCCAGGGGUCGUCCGAGCUCCGCCUGCCACCAUCUUCUUCCUCUUGCUCUCUGCCACUGGGCUGGGGCCUGGGAUCCAGGCCCUGUGGGUGGACUGGGGCCCACCUUCUGUGACGGUGAGCGUGGGGGAUGAGGCCCGCCUGCUGUGCCCACACAAUGGCAGCAGCCCCAACGUGACAUGGUGGCUUGUCCUCCACGGCAACUACUCGUGGCCUCCCAUGUUCCUGGGCUUGGGCCUGGGCUCCGAGGGGGAGCUCAAAAUCGCACAGGUGAACAAGAGCCAUGGGGGCAUAUACCAGUGCCAGGUGGAGGACGGUGGGAAAGUACGACGCUCCUGCGGCACCUACCUCCGCGUGCGCGAGCCCCUCCCCAGGCCCUUCCUGGACAUGGGGGAGGGCACCAAGAACCGCAUCAUCACAGCAGAGGGCAUCAUCCUGUUGUUUUGUGCGGUGGUGCCUGGGACGCUGCUGUUGUUCAGGAAACGGUGGCAGAAUGAGAAGUUCAGGAUAGAUGCCCAGGACGACUACGAGGAUGAAAAUCUGUAUGAGGGCCUAAACCUGGACGACUGCUCCAUGUAUGAGGACAUCUCCAGGGGCCUCCAGGGCACCUACCAGGACGUGGGCAGCCUCCACGUGGGAGACGCCCAGCUGGAGAAGCCGUGA